AUGUCUAUUGAGACCAUCGACGUCGAGACGAUGUUACAUGUGGCGACAAAGGCCGCACGCGCUGCAGGUGCUCACAUGAAAUCGUGUUUAGUAUCAUCACGAAUAGAAAAGACCAAAUCUAGCAAAGAUGACCUAGUUACGGUCGUGGAUAAACAGUGUCAGGAUCUUGUGUUUGCCAUCAUUAGUGAGAAUUUUCCAAGCCAUGAAUUUCUAGGUGAGGAAGACAUUGCUCCCGGUAGCGAGGCUUCAGCUCGCGCAUUGAGUGACAUGGAGAGCAAGGAGUGGCUUUGGAUUGUAGACCCAAUUGAUGGUACGACAAACUUUGUACACCAUCGUCCUGCUAGCGUUGUAUCUAUCGCCUGUGCACAUCAAGGUGAAGUCGUGGUUGGUGUUAUUUACGAUCCAUAUCGGGAUGAGAUCUUUACAGCUCAAAAGGACAAGGGAGCAUUUCUAAAUGAGCAGCCAAUACACGUAAGUCACGAGACGUCAUUUUCCGAAGCGUUAGUAGGUUUUGGUAUUGGAACGAAAGAGAGCGUGAGAUUGCCCAUGUUGGACUGUGUCCGCGAGUUUUCAGCUAAAUGUCGAGGCUUGCGUUUACAAGGUGCUGCAGCUAUUGAACUCGCAUGGACGGCGGCUGGACGCCAAACGGCAUUUUAUGAGCUUGAUCUAAAUUCAUGGGAUCUCGCGGCUGGUGCUUUAUUGGUUAAAGAGGCUGGUGGUGCUGUAACCAAUAGCGAUGGAACACCUUAUACUCUUCGUACACGCAACGUUAUUGUGUCGAAUAACAAGGGAGAUAUCCAUACGAGUAUGAUUGAGCUUAUUCAUAAGGCUCAUGCUACUCAUGUGCGCAAGUAA